GUCCACACUCCCACUCCGGCAAUAGGUACCAGAGAGUUUAGGGUUCCGGCCGCCGGAGCAACCAAAGAGCAGAAAGAGAGAUAGUCUGCGAGAGAGAGGGAGCGAGGAGAUGAGCGGGAGCGCCUUCAACGCGUUCAAGUCCCGGGUGCCGGUGGAGUGGAGCCCUCGGCUGUACAUCACGCUGGUGCGCGGCCUCCCCGGGACGCGGAAGCUCCACCGCCGCACCCUCGAGGCCAUGCGCCUCCGCCGCUGCCACCGCACCGUCGAGCACCGCACCACGCCCUCCCUCCUCGGCAUGCUCACGCAGGUCAAGCGCCUCGUCGUCGUCGAGACCGAGGAGAUGUACAACGCGCGGAGGCAGGCCGACGAGCUGCGGCGCGCGCCCAGGCCGCCGCUCGUCGUCUCCCACAACCCGCCGCCCAAGGUGGCGGCUUCCCCGGAGGCUGCCUCUUAGGCGAGGUAGUAGUAGCCUCUGGUUAGUUUCUCGAGUCCCUGUUGUUCUCGUAUUUGCUUGCCUGCCUGCCUGCCUGCUUGCGGGGUGUUUGAUGUAGUGCCUCGGAAGGGUCGGCACUAUCUUUCUUAUCUGAGUUGGGUAUUUUCCUCCGAAAAAUACAUUGAAGAUGUUGGGUUAGUGGUUAUGACAUUGACUUGAUAGAAAUAAGUGAGGAGUUUACUGUGAUCAUACAGUUUUACUACUGAUUAAUUUACAGUUUAUUAUAGAAGACCUAUGUCAAAUCAUUUGAUGUUGCAUAUAGCUAUGUGUGCUGAAUAUAGAUAUGGCUGCAAUACGCAAUAGAA